UGUGGUGGUGGAUGCAGGGAGCAGAUUGGUGAACUCGGAUCAGCAACGACAGCGUCGCUCGCUGGUCGGACGGUGCGCUGCACAACUGGAUGUGCAGCUGGUAGUUCUGGGUUCUCGGGUCAGCAACGACGGCGUCGCUCGCUGGUCGGACAGCGUUGCAUAAUUGGCUGCGCUGCUGGUAGUUAUGGUUCUCCGUACAGAGAGGAAGCUUGGGGUGUGGGGAAGUUGCGGCAUCGGAGGCUUGCAAAUUUGAUUGGGUAUUGCUGUGAUGGGGAUGAGAGGCUGCUUGUUGCUGAGUACAUGCCUACUGAUACUUUGGCUAAGCAUUUGUUCCACUGUAUAAUCAAACAAACCAUUGAGUGGGCCAUGCGUUUAAGAGUGGCUCUUUAUAUUGCUGAAGCUUUAGAUUAUUGCAGUACCGAGGGCCGCCCGUUAUACCAUGAUUUAAAUGCUUAUAGAGUUCUCUUUGACGAGGAUGGUGAUCCUCGUCUUUCAUGUUUUGGCUUGAUGAGAAAUAGUAGGGAUGGGAAGAGUUACAGCACAAAUCUUGCUUACACGCCACCUGAAUAUUUAAGAAAUGGAAGGGUCACUCUAGAAAGUGUUGUUUAUAGCUUUGGCAUCGUCCUUCUAGAUCUGCUUAGUGGGAAGCACAUCCCUCCAAGUCAUGUCAUCGCCCUAACGGAGGAAGUGGAAACCCUAAAAGAUAAGAUUGUUGCCCAAAAAGCAGCCCUGGAUGCUCGAGAAGCCUAUUGCUGCCUAGUUUUCAGCUCAGGACAAGAAGAUGAGCAUGAUCUUACGGGCCUUACAGAUGUCUGGCCUCCAAACCCCGAUGCCAUCACCUGAUUUUGCUCCACCUUCGACCUCCCAGCCACUUCGCCCAGCCGAUACUAGUAGCCUGAUGUAUCAAACCUAGAAGACUACUUAUUGUAGUUUUUUCUUUUUUUGUUCGGACAUCUUGUAUGUACAUUUUCAUAUAUUUUAUAAUUAAAUACUUCUUCUUGGUUUA